GUGGACUCUCAGCUCUCAGUAACGCGAACAAAACAACAACAAAAGAGCUGCUGAGCCGCAGAGUUCCUGCUGCUGCCGAUGUGAAAAUGAAGCGCUCCCUGGGGAUCUGCCUCCUGCUCUGCUGCGCUCUCUUCGGACUGGGAUCAGCGAUCCGCUGCUACAGCUGUAAGGAUUACACCGCAAGCUGCUCCAAACAGAGAGAGUGCAGCUACGACGACGCCUGUCUCACUCUCAGCGAGAGAGGUGGGAUGACUUUCCGCCAGUGUCUGAAGUAUUCAGACUGUGAGUACGGCCGACUGGGACAGAUGUUUCCCCAGGUUUCCAGUUUCACCUUCAAGUGCUGCAACUCUGACCUGUGUAACUCCGCCCCCUCAUCGUCGGCGAGCUCUGUGAUUGGCCUGCUGGCCUCGGCCGCGGUCAUGUGGUGGUGUGUCCACUGAGGAGCGCCCCCUGUGGCUGAAACAUGUAACAACAGCUUCUCUAACAACAUCUCAUCAAAACAUUCACACUUUAUCAGUAUUUAUAUGUAAAGAAAUUAGUUGUUUAAACAUUAAAAUAUUCACUGGUGAUUAAAGGAAUAAGAAUAAUUGAUCACGUCUGAUGAGAACACAUGAUAUUAUAUAUACAGUCACCAUGGUAACACAUUAUAUGUAUCAGCUGUUUUACAGGAAACUGCACCUCUAACUGCAGAACCGCCAAAAUAAAGUGUAACUGAAAACGAUCUGAAGCUGCUUCUUUAACCGUCUGUGAAUUAAAUAAAUAAAUGGUGACAAACUGGAAA